CUCUUUGACCGUGAAUCUACUACAUUCUAUUAUAUUCGAAGCGUAUCAUGAUGCAACAAUUAAAAUAAAUAGAUCAUAGAAUAGCACGUACGACAGAGAGGUUGGCAACAAUUCAACAAUCACGCCAAAUUCAACGUCACAUAUUCAAUUACUCAUGUCGCAAUUGGUUGUACAUCUUGUUCAAUUUUAGCCGCCGACGAAUCGGAUCGCGCGACAUUAAGUUCCCUUGCCCGGUUCGAGGUCCACGAUUGGUCGGUCACGUGACGUGAUGACCAUUGGCGGCGUGCGAUGCAUCUUCUUGCUUUUAAUGGCGGUGUGAAACUCGGUCACGUUCGUACAUACGUACAGCGAGCGAUAGCCUAUGAGAAUUGCGCUUUUCACCAGAAUUGUCCUUGCCAUUGGCUGCCGCUAGUUAACGAUACCGAAAACAGUCGAUAACAAGUUACUGAAUCCCGCUACAGGUCUUGAAAUUCCAGUGGUAGGGGAAGGAACUCGGCUACUCAGAUUGUCGCUUCGCAUCGCAUUCUCUGACCGUUGACCACGCUGUGCUGAUCGUGACCGCUAGUGCGUAUUUAACUUUUAACUGCGAGGUGUGUAUCCGAUUGCGAAUAAAACCAUACACGCUGACACUUUCGACAGUUUUGAGUUGACGAUUCGCCAAUACCUACACGAUCGGUGUUCUUCCGUCGUUUUCUGACCAUCUGUGUCUGGAGAGGCUCUUGGAACUUGAAACGUUAGUCGCGACACAUAACUGGGAUAACACGUGCGAGAGAAAAGCCACGUACGUAUCUACUACAAUUCCUCAACAACGAUAACGAUGUCGAUCACCGAGUUUAGCCAGGAGAUGACGGCGGCAGCGGCUAAUUUCAACGAUAAUCUGCCAUGUGAUAUCAAGUCGGAGAAUACCCAGCAGACUACAGCUAUGCUAACCACACAGAACGCUCUCACCUGGGAGAUGGUGCCCAACAUCAUCAAGAUUAAGCAUGAGCACGAGCUCCCCACCGCGCGCAAGCUGCACGACGAGAUGGUGGGGAAAUUUGCCAAGCUCGAGAUCGACGUCAAACGCCUGCGGAAUGAAUCUAAAGAUCUCAAGAGCAAAUUGGAAAAGAAAACGAAGGAUUUGGAAAUAGCAGAGCAAGAUGCAAUAAUAUGGAAAAUGUGCUGCAAUAAUUCGCAAUUUAACGAGAUUGUAGAACCGCGAGAAUUACACGAUCAAAUUAUGGCACAUAUACGUGCUGAGCAAAAGGAGAUUAUAUCACAAUAUAAAAAAAAAAUCAAGGAUAUGGUGCAAAAAAGACGAGAGAACGAGAGGGCGCGUUAUGCCGAUUUGAAGAGGUCCUUGUGGAUGCAAAGGGAAAUCAUGCGGAGCAACGCAGCCAAUGAUGAGCUGCACAUGCAGAUUAAGGACCAUAUCUCCGACGGGCUGCCGCUGUUUAAGAAAGUGGACACAAAAUUCACUCCCAAGCUCAACAUCGAACGCCUGCGGGAUGAUAACAAAGAUCUCAAGAGCAAAUUGAAGAAGAAAACAAAAGACUUGAAGAUAGCAGAGCGAAAACCAAUGAUAUUUAAAACACGCUAUGAUUUGCAAUUGCAGCGCAAGAUGCUUGCGGAGAAAGAUCGAGAUUCGAAGAAUAAGAUAACAUUGGUCAAAGCACUUAGAGGUUUGGAAAAUUUAGGAGAAAACGAACGUGCUCGUCACGCGACAAGCUUGGCUGAAGCGGAAUUAGCAUGUAUUCGAGACGAGAUGACAGACAGCCUCAAGUCUGAACAGAGAAUUUAGAUAUAAGAUGAUCGAACUUUGCCGGUUCGCGAACGUAUGGAUUCUCGCAGUUCGUGAUCGUCUCUGUUUGGAGGUGGAAGCAAACUUUGAUGUAGCGUAUAAUAUUGUUUGCAAUAAAAAUUUUCUUUGCAACAUAUUAAGUUUACAUAUUACGAUUAAGCUUAUAAUUAAUAAGCAUCUGAUAUAUUUAUAAUGUACUAUACAAUUAUAAGUUAUAUAAAUCUCGAUAUAUGAAAAGUAAUAAAAAAACUAUUGCUAAAUAAAAUAUUUAGUAAAUAAGUUUGAAAAACAUGUAUGCAUUCAUUAUAAAAUCAAUAAAUUGUUUUUUGGGU